CCGAGUGUGUAGAGUACAAUUUUGUUUAAAAAUAUCCUUUGUUCUACUUCUUCUAACUGCGUUCCUAGUUUCCUUCUUUCUUGAGGGGCAGGUCACUAGUCGAUUCCAGUGAUCCCGUCUGCAAACCCCCCGCCGUUUCUUGAUAACUCUGUGCAAGAAGAAUAAUCAUGGGUCAGGGAACUCCCGGCGGUCUGAACCGGCAACAGCCUGGAGAUCGAAAAAAUGAUGAUAAGAAGGAGAAGAAGUUCGAACAGGCAGCGCCGCCUGCCCGGGUCGGCCGCAAACAAAGGAAGCAGAAAGGAUCUGAGGCGGCGGCUCGGCUUCCAACUGUUACUCCAUACAGCAAAUGCAAGCUCCGGCUCCUCAAGCUCGAGCGCAUCAAGGACUAUCUUUUGAUGGAAGAAGAAUUCGUGGCCAAUCAGGAAACGUUGAAACCUCAGGAGGAGAAGACAGAAGAGGAUCGAUCGAAGGUUGACGAUCUCCGUGGAACACCAAUGAGCGUAGGUAACCUAGAGGAGCUUAUAGACGAGAACCAUGCCAUUGUUUCUUCUUCUGUGGGACCCGAGUACUAUGUGUCUAUCUUAUCGUUCGUUGAUAAAGAUCAGCUCGAGCCUGGAUGUGCAAUUUUGAUGCACAAUAAGGUUCUUUCAGUUGUUGGGCUUCUUCAAGAUGAUGUUGAUCCUAUGGUGUCUGUUAUGAAGGUCGAAAAGGCUCCUCUGGAAUCCUAUGCCGACAUUGGUGGAUUAGAUGCACAGAUACAGGAGAUUAAGGAGGCAGUUGAGCUUCCACUGACACACCCUGAGUUAUAUGAAGACAUUGGUAUCAAACCUCCCAAAGGAGUAAUCCUGUAUGGGGAGCCUGGCACGGGAAAAACAUUGCUAGCAAAGGCGGUUGCGAACUCUACUUCAGCGACUUUCUUGCGAGUUGUGGGGAGUGAAUUGAUCCAGAAGUACUUGGGUGAUGGACCCAAACUAGUUAGGGAACUCUUUAGAGUUGCUGAUGAUCUAUCACCUUCCAUUGUCUUCAUAGAUGAAAUUGAUGCAGUUGGUACUAAAAGGUAUGAUGCACACUCUGGGGGUGAACGUGAAAUUCAGAGAACCAUGUUGGAGCUGCUGAACCAGCUAGAUGGCUUUGACUCUAGAGGAGAUGUUAAAGUAAUUUUAGCUACAAACAAAAUUGAGUCUCUUGAUCCUGCCCUGCUUCGCCCAGGAAGAAUAGACCGGAAGAUUGAGUUUCCUCUUCCUGAUAUCAAAACUAGGAGGCGCAUUUUCCAGAUACACACAUCAAGGAUGACAUUAGUUGAUGAUGUCAACUUGGAAGAAUUCGUUAUGACCAAAGAUGAAUUUUCGGGUGCAGAUAUAAAGGCAAUAUGUACUGAAGCUGGAUUACUUGCUUUAAGGGAGCGCCGCAUGAAAGUGAUACAUGCUGAUUUCAAGAAAGCAAAGGACAAAGUUAUGUUUAAGAAGAAAGAGGGAGUCCCUGAAGGGCUCUAUAUGUAAUUACAACAUUUUAUUUUAUUUAAUCAAGCAUUCUAUUCCUUGAACACCUUGACACCAAAGCUUUGAUAAGAAACACUUUUCCAUCACGGUUCAACUUACAUGUUUUUUCCCUAUUUGGAGCAACUCUAUAAAAUGGUUGUUGUGAAGAUUC